AUGAAAGGGAUUAAUACUUCGUGCCUAAUUGACAACUUGCCUCGAAGAUCUACUGUUGCAACUAUAUCUCAAAUUGAAACUCGUUAUCAAAUAGUCACUCAGUAUUUUGCACGAUGGGAGUCGUACCUGGAUCAGCUAGCUUAUAUAUCUUAUACAUCUCAAGCACUAACCACAACGACAAUACUCAUAAGAAGUUAA